UAUAGUGUUUAUAGGAAAUAAAACAAGCUAUCGCAAUGCCCAACUUAUUAAGAUAUAAAUUUUGUGCGUUAAUAUGUUUCUUUUAUACUGUAUCAUUAUCAUAUGGUCACUAUAAAACUUUGAUCGAAUUACAAGAAAGUAACAAUCAAGAAAAUUUGAUUAAAACAAGUCAAUUGGAAACAAAUAUUUUGAACAUUCCAGAAAAGUUGUCAAGGUCAAAAAGGGGUGAUAGUGCUCCAAACGUAGCUAGUUCAAGUGAGACUAGUAUAACUAGUGAAAGUGCAAAACCGUCGCUGCCUCCGACCUUCACGAGUUCCUCGACUGAUGCUCCUGUUGUGUAUGAUGUAGGCCCUUCUAAUUCUUCAAUAUUGACCAUAGUCCAAGUUAAUGCGUCAUCAUCAUCAGCUACGAAUAUUUCUGAUGUCAGCCCAUCAGAUGCGGCUCCCUUACCUGGUAAAAGUUCGGCUGAAGAUGAACACAACAGCUCAAUGGCUAUAUUCUUUGUGUUAUGUAUAUUGGCACUUGGCAUAUUGUUAAUUCAUCUGAUGUUGCAAACAGGAUUUUCUUAUUUGCCUGAAAGUGUUGUUAUAGUGUUUCUUGGUGCUUUGAUUGGCAUGAUUAUUAAUCUUAUGUCAAUCAGAAAUAUAGCAAACUGGAGGAAAGAAGAGGCAUUUUCACCUACUGCUUUCUUUUUAGUGUUGCUUCCACCAAUAAUCUUUGAAUCUGGAUAUAAUUUGCACAAAGGUAACUUCUUUCAGAACAUUGGGUCCAUUUUACUAUUUGCAAUAGUAGGUACAGCUAUAUCUGCAUUUGUAAUCGGUGCAGGUAUAUAUCUAUUAGGAUUGGCUCAAGUUGUGUAUAAAUUGAGUUUUGUGGAAUCAUUCGCAUUUGGUUCAUUGAUUUCGGCUGUUGAUCCUGUGGCUACAGUUGCCAUAUUCCAUGCAUUGGAUGUAGACCCAGUUCUGAAUAUGUUGGUGUUUGGUGAAAGUAUACUCAAUGAUGCUAUAGCUAUAGUUCUUACAACCGCUGUCUUGGAUUCAAAUGAUCCAAUGAUGUCAACAUAUGAGGCUAUUUUGUCAGCCAUUAACAGGUUUUGGUUAAUGUUCUUUGCAUCUGCUGGUAUUGGUGUUGUUUUUGCACUAAUCAGUGCUCUUUUACUUAAACAUGUUGAUCUUCGCAAAAAUCCAUCUCUUGAAUUUGGUAUGAUGUUAGUAUUUACCUAUGCACCAUAUGUAUUGGCAGAAGGAAUUCACUUAUCAGGUAUUAUGGCAAUCUUGUUCUGUGGAAUUGUUAUGUCACAUUACACACAUUUCAACCUGUCAACUGUGACACAAGUUACAAUGCAACAGACAAUGAGGACACUGGCCUUUAUUGCUGAGACAUGUGUAUUUGCCUAUUUGGGCUUAGCUAUUUUCAGUUUCCGCCAUCGCGUAGAGCCGGCUCUAGUGGUGUGGAGCAUUGUGAUGUGUCUGCUGGGACGGGCGGCUAACAUCUUUCCAUUAGCAUUGCUUUGUAACAAAUUCAGAGAGCACAAGAUUACCAAGAAGAUGAUGUUCAUUAUGUGGUUCAGCGGAUUGCGAGGUGCAAUUUCUUACGCACUGUCCCUGCAUCUGGAGUUCUCUGACGAAACGCGGCACGUCAUCAUUACGACGACCCUAAUCAUCGUGCUCGUCACCACCUUGUUCUUUGGAGGCUCCACAAUGCCCUUGUUGAAAUUCUUACGUGCUAAUAAAAAAACGAAACGAUUGCGUUCUCAAAGAAAACAAAAGGAAGUGAGUUUAUCUAAAACAAAGGAGUGGGGCCAGGCUAUUGACUCGGAACAUCUCUCUGAAAUAACUGAGGAAGAACUUGAGGUUAAUUAUUCUCAUGCAACGAGACUUAAAGGCUUUGUGCGCUUGGACAUGAAAUAUUUGACACCUUUUUUCACUCGAAGAUUUACACAUCAGGAGUUGAAGGAUUGUAAGAGUCAAAUGACAGAUCUGACGAACCAAUGGUACCAGGCCAUCAGGAUAUCAAAUGAUCAUGACACAGACGAGGAAGAAAGUCAGCAAACAUCUCUUUCCAACUCACACAGCAGUAUACAAAGAGGGGUCUAAAUAGUUUUUUUUAUAUACAUGCUUUAUAAAAAUUAUAUUUGUAUUUAUGAAAUACAA